AUGGGGCUCGCCGCUGCUAAGAACAAGCGGAAGCUCGGGCUUGAUCCGAACAACACCAAAUGGUCCCGCAACACGGAGUCAUUUGGCCAGAAGUUGCUGAGAGCUCACGGGUGGGAGCCCGGCCAGUACCUCGGGGCCAAGGAUGCGGCGCACGCCGAGUGGCACACCGAGGCCAAUUCGGGGCACAUCCGCGUCGUGCUCAAGGACGACAACCUCGGCCUUGGCGCGAAGCAGAACAACGGCGACCAGUGCACCGGCCUAGAUGCUUUCCAGCACCUGCUCGGGCGGCUCAACGGCAAGGCCGAAGACGUCUUGGAGUCGGAGCAGAAGGCGCGCGACGACAUGAAGCUCAGUCUCUACCUGCAGAAGAAGAUCGGUACGAUUCGCUUCGUACGGGGCGGCUUUCUCGUUGGCAACGAGCACAAGGACGUGCUCGAAGACGCCAAGGAUUUGCCUAAAGACGCCCCGGACGCCUCUAUCAAAUCGGAUGAAGAGAUAUUAACGGAACCGCCGGUGGAAGAGUCCUCUGAGGAAUCUGAGCCUUCUAAAAAGAAGUCCAAGAAAAGAAAGGCCGAGCCGGGCAGCGAUAGCGAGAACGCAGUCGCGGAGAAAAAGGCGAGCAACAAGGAGAAGAAGUUAAAGCGGCAAAAAACAGAAACCGAGGCAGAUACGGACAGCCAAACUCCUCAGGUGAAGAUAAAAGAGAAGAGGUCGAAGAGGUCGAAGACAGACGUCGACGUCGACGACGCUCCGUCGACAGCCAGUAGGAAGCAGCAGAAAGACGCGGUAUCGGCUUCUUCAGUCCUUCUGGGAGAUUCUGACUUGUCUACCUCGGAGAGCAAGAAGCGCCAAGAGAAAAAGCAAAGGAAGAAGGACAAGAAAGACCGAAAAGAGAAGAGGGCGAAGAGGCGACUGGAGAAAGCGGUCUCUCGGUCAGCAUCCGAGGCGGGAGACAGCAUAUCACGGGAAAGGAAGCGGAGGAAAGCUGAUAAAGCUGGGGACUCUCCUGCCCCUACCCCUCUUGACAGCGGUGUCUCGACGCCGGCUGAGAGCGGUUCCUCAACGGCAGUGUCUACCUCGGUUCGCUAUUUGUCGAGGCAGAGGUUCAUUGCCCAAAAGAGAAUGGCGUUUGCCGACCCGGCCGCACUUAAAGAGAUUUUCAUGAUAAAAUCGUAG